AAAGUGUCCCGUUGCUCUUUGGCCUGUAGCCUGGGUCAAGUUCGAGGAAAUCGUGGCCAGUGCCACGAGGUGUUUUGCAACAUCCUCUGUAACGUCAUUCUCGUAUUGCUCUGUGCAUUUCCAACAUAUCACAUAAUACAGACGUGGUCACUUUUAGGGGAAAUGUCUGAAAAACUCAGAAGAUGCAGAAAAGAGCUGACGGCAGCCAUUGAUCGGGCCUUUGAAGGAGUCAGUCAUUCCCAGGAGUACACAGGCUCGCAGAGGCUGGAACUGGACCCGGCGCCGCUCUCCUCCCUGCCCGUUCACAGACUCCUCUGCAGAAGAUAUCCGCUGGCAGCCCGCUCCUCUGCUGCUCCUUUUGCUGCUGUCCCAUGUGCUCCAGAGAUUGAGAACCCUGCCUUUGCACCAAACCACAGCCCAGUAGAUGCAAAACCACAUGCUUUGUACCCCAAAAGAAAACCUCUGACCAGCAAGGAAAACGUAUGGGUGCAUUCCUCCAUUUUGGCACCUGAAAGACGGUUCUGGAGAGCUGUAGGAGAUGGGGAAAACUGGAGAAAAGAAAGCUUAAGGAAAGAUAUGGAGAGAGAUUUGAAGGUUGACUCAAACAUGCCACUCAACAAUUCUAGCCAAGAGGUCACAAAGGAUCUGCUUGAUAUGAUUGAUCAUACAAGCAUCCGAACUAUUGAAGAAUUGGCUGGAAAAUUAGAAUUUGAAAACGAGUUGAACCGUGUAUGUUGUCGCUGCCAAGGUUCGCCCUUCAAGGAGGAAGCCUGGGCCCUGCUCGUGGAUGAGAGCCCUCAGAAGGCCUCAGAUGCUGACUCUGGCAGCCUGAAGCAGGCUUUCGAUGAUCAUAAUGUUGUUGAGACCGUUCUGGACUUGGAAGAGGACUACAAUUUGAUGACCUCUUUUAAAUACCAAAUUGAGUAAGAAGAGUUGAUUUUAGCUUUUAUUUUUUACAGCAAGAGGCUGCCAUCAAGGAGCCUGUGGCUGCUUCUGCACAGUGAUCCUCAGGGGCCACAUUUUUCAGAGGGUUGGCAGAACCUAAAUUAUACUCUUUUUAACUUCCAGUUAUGUCCCUUUUUGAGCUGAGAUCCAAGUAUUUGUAUUCUGUUGCUUUGAAAUAUUUCUUACUGUUGGUUUUUUGGA